AUGCCAGAUCCAGACCCUGAGUCCGCUGCAUGGACGCUGUUUUUCGAUGGAGCUUUUCGCCGCCGUUCGAGACAACACGGUGCAGGUGCAGGAGCUGGUGCCACACUAUUUCAAGGCACAGUGAACAAGUGGAAUGUUGCUUGCUUCCUGCCCAGUUCAACGCACACCAACAAUACUGCUGAGUAUAUUGCUCUUAUUGAAGGUCUCAGUGGGGCUCUACAUCAUGGUGUGAGCAGUCUCACGGUCAAGGGUGACAGUGCAUUGAUUCUGGAGCAAGUGCGUGGACGAUACUCCUGCAACAACGAUCGACUACGGCGUUUGCGCAACAAGGCUCGUCGACUUCUCCACCGCUUCGACCACUACGAGUUGAUUCACGUUGACAGGAUGGAGAACCAGGCUGCAGACAGAUUGGCGAACCGGGCUCUGGACAGUCAACGGACCAAGACGGAAUGCUCUGCCCAUGGCAUCGAUGGCGUCGGUUACAGCACCCAUGCUAUCGCCACUGGACCCGCGAUUGCAGCUGGGACCUCCAGACGACCUACUGUUUCGGCUACUGGACCAGUGGAUAUGGACAUUUUGAGUGGAGAUGAAGCUGGUGAAGACAAUCUGGAAGAUGACGAUGCUGCUGCUGAUGUCAUCCGCCGGGACAGAGGCCGGACGUUUCCAGUUCUUCCAGUUACUGCUGAUAGCGUUCCAGUCCCGCCAGUCCAGAUUGAAGUUGCGAUCCAAGUUGAGUGA